AAUGUAAAGAUAAGUGCCAACUAAACCUGUCACGAUAAGGUUCCGUUUGGUAGUACGUCACAACAUUACAUAAAUCUUAGGAGCGCUCUCUAACCGACAUGAUGGAUCUCAAAUCAACUCAUAUACUCGCCAUCUUGUUUACAUGUGUACUUGGUGACACAACACACUUGUGUGACGACAUAGCUCAUCUGGACUGUAACACGUACCUACAGGGCGAUACUGAUGAAAAGGUGUGCGAUAAUAGGCACGUUCUCUACCAUAAUUUCUGUGAAUUCAGCAAAGCAAAAUGUGCCGACAACUCAAUAACAGUUGCCUCCCUUGGCGGUUGCUUUGGUAACCACCCUGUUGAAAUCUACACCACCACAGGACCGUCGAUAACAACUCCUACACCAGGACCGUCGAUAACAACCCCCACACCAGACCCUAUACUGGCGGUCUUCUGUCAAAAUAAGGACUCCAUUACAUGUCCGGCCUCCCUCUCUCCAGUUUGUGCCAGCAAUGGACAGCUUUAUUUCAACCAGUGCGAUUUUUCUUUGGCAUACUGUAACGACACCAGUCUGACAUUACAGGAUCCGAACAACUGUCACCACUGAAAACGUGACGUCACUGAAAAGGUGACGUCAUUGAUAUGACGAAACAGUAACGUGUUAUUUGUCCUGAUAAUAAAAUAUGUUAAAGUCCAA